AUGAAGCUCCAAACAAGUACAGCUCGUCUUUCUCUUGUGCCCACCCGUCUUCAGCACAGUGCGAUGAUCAGGACAGGCAGUAUAUUAUGUGCUCAGCCCAGCGGACAUAGCAGUCUGUCUACAUUGUUGCCGAUCAAGCGAAGCCAUACAACAAGCACACACAUUGGCCAAAAGUCAUCAUGGACACAUCCGGUGUAUGUCCUCAUUGGAAACCUUUUCUUCAUUGCUCCUUAUAUAAAACGAGAAAGAUUUGUGUCUGACAUAUAUCGCCAUCCUACUAGAUACACGAAAGAACAGAUCCUUGCUGUCCGAACCGCCCACCGCAAAGCAUACACUUGGCAAGAUAGAGCAGCUCUUGGAACCGUGCGCUUCUUGCGCUGGGGUAUGGAUCUCGUCUCCGGAUAUCACAGACGACCAACGAACACGCUCUCCAAAACCUACCUCAUGACCGAGGAGAAAUGGAUCACGAGAUUCAUCUUCCUGGAAAGCGUAGCCGGCGUUCCAGGGAUGGUAGCAGGGAUGCUCCGCCAUCUCAAAAGCAUCCGGCGAAUGAGGAGAGACAACGGAUGGAUAGAGACUCUCCUCGAAGAAGCCUACAACGAACGAAUGCACCUCCUCACCUUCCUCAAGCUUGCCGAGCCAGGCCCAACAAUGCGGUUCAUGGUCCUGGGCGCGCAGUGGGUAUUUUUCAGCGGAUUCUCCCUAGCAUAUCUCAUCUCACCUCAGAUAUGUCAUCGCUUCGUGGGGUAUCUAGAAGAAGAAGCUGUGAUCACAUACUCGAAGGCAAUCCGUGACCUCGAGGACGGUCAUCUGCCUGGAUGGGAGAGCUUGCAGGCUCCCGAGAUGGCAAUUAAGUACUGGCAGAUGCCGGAAGGUCAACGCUGUAUGCAUUCACUGUUGCUGUAUGUGCGUGCUGAUGAGGCGAAACAUCGUGAUGUCAAUCAUACUUUGGGGAACUUGGAUCAGAAUACGGAUCCGAAUCCUUUUGCAGCCAAAGUUAGGGUCCAGGUUCAAUCUGUCGCUCGUUCGACUGGGGGCUUGCGCCAGCUGGAGGGGAGUAGUCGGAAGGAAACUUGA